UGGGGUGACUUUGGGCACUGACUCAGCCUGUCCCAGCCUCAGUUUUCCAUUAGUCAAAUGGGAAUAAUAACAGAGCUCACCUCGUAGGGGCUGUUGGGAAGAUUAAAAUGGGUUAAUUAACACCAGGAAAAGCGCUUUCUUGUGCCGGGCGCGGUGAACGUUAACUGGGGGUCAUUGUGACGGUGGGGGAGGGGGAACUCAGUUUCUCCAUCUCCUAAAUGGGUGCGCGUGCCGAGUGGGCCCCGGGGGCUCCACGCGGCCGAUGUGCAGGUGGGGAAGGGAGCCCAGCUCGCGGAAGGGCUUCCCGGGGCCGGUCGGGGCCGCUGGACCCAGUCCUGGCGCCGCGCCGACUGCCAGCGCGCCCGGGCUCGGUUCUCCGCCGCCUGCCUUCCGUUCUCCCCUUUCGGGUAACACCUGGGUUGGCGGGUUCACCUGCUCGCAGCCGGCCGCCGGAAGUUGCGCAAACGCGUGUUACCUGAGCCCCAGAUGGGCUGGGCGCAGGAGCGCAGUGCAGCGGCGCGGGCGCAGCCAGCCGGUGCCGGUGUCCAGCUGCCAACUUUCUGUCUGGAUCUGGCUCCUCAUUUCUCAGGUCUCCUCGGACCGAAGCCCUCGGAAGGUAUGUGACGGCCAUGCCUGUGGACACGCUGACUCCCGGAGCCCGGGACGCCCCCGCCCCACCUUUCCGCCUGCGGACCAAGGUUCCCGGCUACCUGCUACGGCGGCCAGCAGACGGUGGAGUCCGGAAACCUAGUGCCGUGGAGCGCCUGGAGGCCGACAAGGCCAAGUAUGUCAAGAGCCUGCAUGUGGCCAACACGCGUCAGGAACCUGUGCAGCCCCUACUGUCCAAACAGCCACUCUUCAGCCCCGGGACUCGCCGCACAGUGCUUACACCUAGCCGCCGAGCCCUGCCUGGCCCUGGCCGCCGGCCCCAGCUGGACCUGGACAUCCUUAGCAGCCUCAUAAACUUGUGUGAUAGUCCCGUGACCCCUGCCGAGGCCAGCCGUACCCCCGGACGGGCAGAGGGGGCCCGCCACGCGCCUGUGGCCACCCCGCCACGUCCGCCGCCCAGUACGGCUGCGGUCCGCCGAGUGGAUGUCCGUCCGCUGCCGGCCUCACCUGCCCGGCCCUGCCCAUCGCCAGGCACUCCUGCCGCCUCCAGCCCAGCUCGGCCCCCAGGUUUGCAACGCUCCAAGUCGGACCUGAGUGAGCGCUUCUCGAGGGCAGCAGCUGACCUUGAGCGAUUUUUUAACUUCUGCGGCCUGGACCCUGAGGAGGCACGGGGUUUGGGUGUGGCCCACCUGGCCCGGGCCAGCUCGGACAUCGUGUCCCUGGCCGGGCCCAGCGCUGGGCCGGGCAGCUCCGAGGAGGGCUGCUCCCGCCGCAGCUCCGCCACCGUGGAGGAGCGCGCCCGCGAGCGCGUCCCCUACGGCGUGUCGGUGGUAGAGCGCAACGCCCGCGUGAUCAAGUGGCUGUACGGGUUGCGGCAAGCGCGGGAGACCCCAGCGGCUGAGGGCUAGGACUCCGCUGGACGGGCUUUGGCCACAGGACAGAUCUUAGAGAGGCCUUGGCUCCUUGACCUCUCCUGCAUGCAUUACAUGCUUUCGGGCAGACCAGAGGCUGCUGCCUUGUGUGAACUGGGGUGGAGGUAAAGCUCAGAGGCUGGACCAGCAUCCACCUGGCAAGGACUGACCAUGGAGAGUUGCCUCUUGCAUUUGGACCACCCCCUACCCCUCAUGUGUAGGGUUUUUGAUGAGUGUACCCUUGCUUGGUCCCUUUCUGGGUUUGGAUUUGGGCCACUUAGCCCUCCCCACUACGAGUGAGGGGCCAAGAGAUCUCGCCAGGCCUGUCUGCUCAGCAGUUCUGUUUCCUUCUUCCUUCCUUGGCCUCUGUCCUUUGCUGACUUCCUCUUCCUUACCCAGUGGGCCCUGGUUCCCUGGGAACUCACCCUGUUGUGGGGGCAGGGAGAAGUGGCCUGUCCCCUGUUCUUUUCUGGCCUUUGCAGCCUGGCCUAGGUGGGUAGACUUCUGGAGGGACUGGUUAGUAGUCUCUGCUGCUCUGACUUCUCUCCUCUUGGUUAAUAAACACAAAUGCUUGUUUUUCAAGG